CUGCUGAAGUCCUCAACACACUGAGAUCAAAUCUGAGACAGAAGGUUGAGUGUGUGUGUGAGGGAAUAUCAAAGCAGGGAAACCCAACACUCCUGAAUGAGAUCUACACAGAGCUCUACAUCACCGAGAGUGGAAGUGGAGAGAUCAAUAAUGAGCAUGAGGUGAGACAGAUUGAGACACAGUCCAGGAGAGCAGAAACAGAGGACACACCGAUCAAAUGCAAUGACAUCUUUAGACCUUUACCUGGACAAGACAAACCCAUCAGAACUGUGCUGACAAAGGGAGUCGCUGGCAUUGGAAAAACAGUCUCUGUGCAGAAGUUCAUCCUGGACUGGGCUGAAGGGAAAGAGAAUCAGGACGUCCAGCUCAUAUUUCCACUGGCUUUCAGAGAGCUCAACUUGAUGAAGGACAAAACACUCAGUCUUUCAGAUCUUCUUCAUCUCUUCUUCCCUGAAACCAGAGAAAUGGCCAUAUCCAGUGAGGAGUAUAAAGUGCUGUUCAUCUUUGAUGGUCUGGAUGAGUGUCGUCUGUCUCUGGAUUUUCAAAGCGAUGUGAGGUUGUGUGAUGUGACUGAAUCAGCCUCAGUGGACGAGCUGCUGACGAACCUCAUUGUGGGGAAUCUGCUUCCCUCGUCUCUCAUCUGGAUCACCUCCAGACCAGCAGCAGCGGAUCUCGUCCCCUCUGUGUGUGUCCAUCGAGUGACAGAGAUACGAGGCUUCAGUGACACACAGAAGGAGGAAUACUUCAGGAAGAGAAUUCGUAAAAAGAGAUUGGCUAAAAGAAUCAUCUCACACCUGAAGUCCACAAAGAGCCUGUUUAUUAUGUGCCACAUCCCAGUGUUCUGCUGGAUCUCAGCCACUGUUCUAGAGGAGAUGUGCAGUGAAGCAGAGACAGGAGAGAUUCCCAAGACUCUCACUCAAAUGUACACACACUUCCUGCUCAUUCAGACCAACAUCAAACAUGAUAAGGACUAUGAGAAGAAAGUGAAAGAUGAAGACAUGAUCCUCAAACUGGGGGAACUGGCGUAUCGGCAGCUUGUGAAAGGCAACCUGAUCUUCUAUGAGGAAGACCUGAGCGAGUGUGGCAUUGAUGUGGCAGAAGCAUCAGUUUACUCAGGAUUGUGCACUCAGAUCUUCAGAGAGGAGUUGGGCUUGUGUCUGGGGAAAGUCUUCUGCUUUGUUCAUCUGAGCAUUCAGGAACAUCUAGCAGCUCUAUAUGUGCAUCUCUCCUUUAUCAACAAGAACAUCAAUGUGUUUGACCAGAUUACCAAACCAACUAAUAGAGACACAGCUUCACUAUCUGAUCUUCAUCAGAGAGCUGUGGAUGAGGCUUUACACAGUAGAAAUGGGCAUCUGGACCUUUUCCUUCGUUUCCUUCUGGGUCUGUCAGUGGAGUCUAAUCAGAGUCUCUUACAAGAACUAAAGACACAGACAGCAAACAGCUCUCACAACAAUGAGGGAACAGUUGACUAUAUUAAAGAGAAGAUCAGUGAGAAUCCCUCUCCAGAUAAAUACAUCAAUCUGUUUCACUGUCUGAAUGAACUGGGUGAUCUUUCUCUAGUGAACGAAGCUGAACCUCAUACAAGCCGUGGAAGGUUACUUGAUGUGAAACUCUCCUCAUCUCAGUGGUCAGCUUUAGUGUUUGUGUUGUUGUCCUCAGAGGAGACACUGGAGGAGUUUGACCUGAGAAGAUUUAUUGGAGACAGAAAUGAUCGUGUCACACAAAACACAGCAGAUGAAAUUCUUCAGAAGCUGCUGCCUGUGGUUACAGCAACUACAACAGCUUGGUUGAGUAAUUGUGGUGUUACAGAUGAAGGUUGUGCUGCUCUGGCUUCAGCUCUGAGUUCAAACCCCUCACACCUGAGAGAACUGGAUCUGUCUAAGAAUAAACUAGGAGACUCAGGAGUGAAGCUGCUCUCUGCUGUACUGAAGAACCCUGUCUGUAAACUGGAGGAACUGGGUUUGAAGGAUUGCGGUGUCACAGCUGAAGGUUGUGCUGCUCUGGCUUCAGCUCUGAGAUCAAACCCCUCACACCUGAGAGAACUGAGUCUGUCUGAGAAUAAUCUAGGAGACUCGGGAGUAAAGCUGCUCUCAGCUGUGCUGGAGAAUCCUCAAUGUAAACUGGAGGAACUGUGGUUGAGAGAUUGUGGUGUCACAGAUGAAGGUUGUGUUGCUCUGGCUUCAGCUCUGAGAUCAAACCCCUCACACCUAAGAGAAAUGAGUCUGUAUAAGAAUAAACUAGGAGACUCAGGAGUGACGCAGCUCUCUUCUGUACUGGAGAAUCCUCAAUGUAAACUGGAGAUACUGGGGUUGAGAGAUUGUGGUGUCACAAAUGAAGGUUGUGCUGCUCUGGCUUCAGCUCUGAGUUCAAACCCCUCACACCUGAGAGAGCUGAGUCUGUCGGAGAAUAAACUAGGAGACUCAGGAGUGAAGUGGCUCUCUGCUGUACUGAAGAACCCUGUCUGUAAACUGGAGAUACUGGGGUUGAGGGAUUGCGGUGUCACAGAUGAAGGUUGUGUUGCUCUGGCUUCAGCUCUGAGAUCAAACCCCUCACACCUGAAAGAACUGGAUCUGUCUGAGAAUAAAAUAGGAGACUCAGUGAAGCUGCUGAAGGAUCUGAGGGAUGAUCCACAUUAUAAACUGGAGACACUAAUACGAGUCAGUGAGGAGAUCAAACUAAUCAGAUUCUCCCGUGUCUUCAUCAUGGCUGAUUCACAAGCAUCCAGAGAUGGAGAUUCUCCUCCAGGAUUCAGAAUGAACACAAUAAACUCCAGUUCAGUCCAGCAGAAGAGCUCAAACCCAUCCAGCUGUGUGUCUGUGAAGAGUGACUGGUCAAUGGAUCAUCCAAUAUGGUUUAAGAGUGGAGACACACAGCCUGAUCUCAGUUCUAAACCCAGAUCAGUCCAGCAGAAGACUUCAAACCCAGAGUCCAGCUGUGUGUCUGUGAAGAGUGACCGCUCUAUGGAGCAGCCUCUAAAGUCUGAUCUCAGCCGUGACUCUAAACCUGCUGAAGUCCUCAACACACUGAGAUCAAAUCUGAGACAGAAGUUUCAGUGUGUGUGUGAGGGAAUAUCAAAGCAGGGAAACCCAACACUUCUGAAUGAGAUCUACACAGAGCUCUACAUCACUGAGAGUGGGAGUGGAGAGAUCAAUAAUGAGCAUGAGGUGAGACAGAUUGAGACACAGUCCAGGAGAGCAGAAACAGAGGACACACCGAUCAAAUGCAGUGACAUCUUUAGACCUUUACCUGGACAAGACAAACACAUCAGAACUGUGCUGACAAAGGGAGUCGCUGGCAUUGGGAAAACAGUCUCUGUGCAGAAGUUCAUCCUGGACUGGGCUGAAGGGAAAGAGAAUCAGGACGUCCAGCUCAUAUUUCCACUGGCUUUCAGAGAGCUCAACUUGAUGAAGGACAAAACACUCAGUCUUUCAGAUCUUCUUCAUCGCUUCUUCCCUGAAACCAGAGAAAUGGCCAUAUCCAGUGAUGAUUAUAAAGUGCUGUUCAUCUUCGAUGGUCUGGACGAGUGUCGUCUGUCUCUGGAUUUUCAGAGCGAUGUGAGGUUGUGUGAUGUGACUGAAUCCGCCUCAGUGGACGAGCUGCUGACGAACCUCAUUGUGGGGAAUCUGCUUCCCUCGUCUCUCAUCUGGAUCACCUCCAGACCAGCAGCAGCGGAUCUCGUCCCCUCUGUGUGUGUCCAUCGAGUGACAGAGGUACGAGGCUUCAGUGACACACAGAAGCAGGAAUACUUCAGGAAGAGGAUCAGUGAUCAGAGUCUGGCUGACAGGAUCAUCUCACACCUGAAGUCCUCAAGGAGCCUCUUUAUUAUGUGCCACAUCCCAGUGUUCUGCUGGAUCUCAGCCACUGUUCUAGAGAAGAUGUGCAGUGAAGCAGAGAGACGAGAGAUUCCCAAGACCAUCACUCAAAUGUACACACACUUCCUGCUCAUUCAGACCAACAUCAAACAUGAUAAGGACUAUGAGAAGAAAGUGAAAGAUGAAGACAUGAUCCUCAAACUGGGGGAACUGGCGUAUCGGCAGCUUGUGAAAGGCAACCUGAUCUUCUAUGAGGAAGACCUGAGCGAGUGUGGCAUUGAUGUGGCAGAAGCAUCAGUUUACUCAGGAUUGUGCACUCAGAUCUUCAGAGAGGAGUUGGGCUUGUGUCUGGGGAAAGUCUUCUGCUUUGUUCAUCUGAGCAUUCAGGAACAUCUAGCAGCUCUAUAUGUGCAUCUCUCCUUUAUCAACAAUAACAUCAAUGUGUUUGACCAGAUUACCAAACUAACUAAUGGAGGCAAUGUGUCCCUAUCUGAUCUCCAUCAGAGAGCUGUGGAUGAGGCUUUACACAGUAGAAAUGGGCAUCUGGACCUUUUCCUUCGUUUCCUUCUGGGUCUGUCAGUGGAGUCUAAUCAGAGUCUCUUACAAGAACUAAAGACACAGACAGCAAACAGCUCUCACAACAAUGAGGAAACAGUCGACUAUAUUAAAGAGAAGAUCAGUGAGAAUCCCUCUCCAGAGAAAUACAUCAAUCUGUUUCACUGUCUGAAUGAACUGGGAGAUCUUUCUCUAGUGAACGAAGCUGAACCUCAUACAAGCUCAUAUGGAGGAUUACGUGAUGUGAAACUCUCCUCAUCUCAGUGGUCAGCUUUAGUGUUUGUGUUGUUGUCCUCAGAGAAGACACUGAAGGAGUUUGACCUGAAUAUCUUAAUUGGAGCCAGAAAUGAUUGUGUCACACAAAACACCACAGAUGAAGUUCUUCAGAAGCUGCUGCCUGUGGUUACAGCAACUAGAUUAGCUCGAUUGUGGAAUUGUGGUGUCACAGAUGAAGGUUGUGUUGCUCUGGCUUCAGCUCUGAGUUCAAACCCCUCACACCUGAGAGAUCUGCAUCUGUCUGGGAAUAAUCUUGGAGACUCAGGAGUGAAGCGGCUUUCUGCUGGACUGGAGAAUCCUCACUGUAAACUGGAGAUACUGUGGUUGUAUGAUUGCGGUGUCACAGAUGAAGGUUGUGCUGAUCUGGCUUCAGCUCUGAGAUCAAACCCCUCACACCUGAGAGAACUGGUUUUGUCUGAGAAUAAUCUAGGAGACUCAGGAGUGAAGCUGCUCUCUGCUGGACUGAAGAAUCCUCUCUGUAAACUGGAGGAACUGUGGUUGAGUAAGUGCGGUGUCACAGAUGAAGGUUGUGUUGCUCUGGCUUCAGCUCUGAGAUCAAACCCCUCACACCUGAGAGAUCUGCAUCUGUCUGGGAAUAAACUGGGAGACUCAGUGAAGCUGCUGCAGGAUCUGAAGGAUGAUAAACAUUACAAACUGAAGACACUAAUGUAUUAGAUGACAGUCUGAUCUCCUGCUGAUCUUCUGAUGGUGAAUAAAGAUACACUACAGAGACUCACAGUCAACAGAAUCAAGAGAGACUGAAGAUACAGUGAUUUCGCCGUUAUAAAUUAAGACUUCAUUUAGAUUUCAAUGAUCCUCUGACAGACCUGAUGAGGCAGCAGUGAAACUCCUUUCAUUUCACAGCAAAUUACACUUUCUCAUUCAUAGAUUAACCAUUUUAUUUGUUUAAAUGCAGAGUAACUCAAAAAGAGUUUUGUGUAAAUACAGAGCCUGAAUGUGUUUGUGUUGAACCAGCAGGGGGAGACAAACACUACUGAAACAUUAUUUUUUCAUAAUUAAGUUAAAAUUUAGAAGAAAAAUUUUAAAUGGGAAGAAAAAAAUGUGUCUACCCAUGUGAUUCUGCACAGAAAUAAUGUGCUUUAGUGAUUUCCAGCAGCUCAUCUUCCUCAUCUCAGCUGUUGUGUGGAGAAAGUUGAUGGAGGUGAUGUUGUAUUGUUGGUGUUUGCUGGUGUCCCACUACGGCCAACUGGACAUGUGCAGAGAUCCAACUACGCUGUGGAGGAUUUCCCCUCAGACUUCUUCUCUGACAUGUCGUGAAUUUGUCCUUUUCUUUAAUUUUACCUUUUUCCACAUAUAUAUAGAUAUAUUUGUACUAUGUAUCUCACAAUUCCAAGCAAAUUACACUACUAAAUCUAUUGCACUACAUUACCCAUA